UAAAACUUGAGCAUUUGUAUGAAGCACAGGCUGGAAGUGUCACAAACAAACUUAAACUUGUCAUUCAAGCGCUCUUAAAAAAAACGCAAUCGUAGUAUAAGAAGGCCGGGCGCUACUUGGACACUUACUGUCAAUUUUAUUGCCAAAAUAAGAUUUUGAGGGGAGCGCGGCUAAAAAUGUUUUGUAGCUGCCUAUCUUUGAACAGAACACCCCCUUCCCCAUAAAAAACACAAACACAAAAUGACUAGAAAAGCUGUUUUUUCUUUGGGGUAAAUAUGCACAAAAAUGCAACGGUGAGCUUCAUGAAUGGCCGGAAUAACACCGUGUCCGUUGCUGUCGGUUGACCCAUCCAGAGGGCUCGUGGAUGAAAAGUUCACGGUACAAGUCAGUAGUUUGCCACCCAUUCAACAGAUCACAUUGCACGCGCAGAUCCAUUCAGACGACGGUGACUUUUGGGAAUCGUUUGGACACUAUGUUAGCGAUGCUUCGGGACUGGUGAACGGUGCCAAUGAUGCAAGCUUGGGAGGGACAUAUGAUGGCGUUGAACCAAUGGGUCUUCUAUGGAGUCUAAGGCCAGUACCAGGCAGUCGACCUGGACUAAGGUUGAGGAAGAAAGAGGUCCAUACUCCUCUGUUAGUCCGCAUCUCUGUGUACAAAGGCCACGUGAGCCAGGGCUUCGGAGAGCGGGCCGCGCUGGCCAGUGUGGUCGUGGAGCGCUGGUACAUGGCACCUGGGGUCAGCCGGGUUGUCUUCACUGAGGGAGCAGUCAGAGGGACCCUCUUCCUGCCUCCAGGACCUGGGCCCUUCCCCGCCCUGUUGGACUUGUGGGGAGGAGGGGGGGGUCUGGUGGAGUACCGCUCUGCCCUUCUAGCUUCUCGAGGCUUUGUCUCUCUGGCCCUCGAGUACAUCACCAUCAAAACAGCAGACAGCUUCUCCAGAAAUGUUGGGAACGCAUACUUUGAGGCUGCAUUCAACGCUCUUCAGCAGCAUCCUCUAGUGUGUGCAGACAGAGUUGGCAUACUGGGCCUGUCCUUUGGCACCUCAGUGGCACUUGGAAUGGCUGUGUACUCCGAUCUGAUCGAGCCCAGGUGUUUGGUCUGUGUGAGUGGGAGCCAUGUCCAGCCCGUCAAAGGAUCCCUAGCUGAUGUGUUUGCAGAGAUCAAGAAAAACGUGGGGAACACUCGCUACGAUGAGGAAAAUCGAGUCAUCUGGCGGGAUCUGAUCCUGCCCAUUCCAACAGACCCCUCAAAGAAAGUGGAUUUGGGGCAACUCAAAUGUCCUCUUCUGCUGAUCGUUGGGGAGGAUGACCAGAACUGGCCAGCGUCAGAGUCAGCAGAAGAUAUGAAGCAAAUGAUGGAGAGUGCAGGGAACAGCCACCUCCUCACUGUGCUGUCCUACCCUGGAACGGGCCACCUCAUAGAGCCUCCAUACACCCCUCACAUACUGGCCAGCAAUUUCAUCACGGCUCAGACCGGGGAGAAGGUGAUGGUUCUCUGGGGAGGAAAGACUGUCCCACACUCUUUUGCUCAGGAAGACUCCUGGAGGAAGACCCUUGAUUUCCUGGAGGAACACCUGUACCGCAGUACUUAAAACCACAACCUGAGAAGACAUAGACCACUCUAGCACCACACCUCUGAAAUCACACCUCUGAAAUCUCAUCUCUGUCCAUCAUCUAAAAUGCCUUUCAUCAGAGACAAGGGUAGACAUGAUUUUAAUUGUAUACUGUUUGCGGCCUUUAAAGUGAAUGUUUAUUUUUAAAGAAUGUUGAACCUCCUUUGACUAAAAUUGUCAAUCCAAAAUAGUCAUGGAACCUUUGCAUAACCGUGGAAUAUGUAAAAAGAUAAUGUGGUGUGUUUCCCUGGCUAACCUGGCUCUGCAAACAGGCCUGCUCACCUGCGUGUGAAUUCAUUACUGUAAUAACCUAUUUCCGCCACAAGAGCACCUUCUACUGGCCUCAAACAGAAUUUCCUUGAUCUGCCCGGUGCGCGCAGUAUAUAUAUUUUUUAAUUGCCCCUCAUCAUUUUUUGGGGGGUCAAACUGCUCGCCCUACAGUACAUUGCAUGGCAGAACGGUUAUUCACUCCUCAAUCAACACCCCAAACCCGAAAAUACAUCAUUUCCAAAUGCAAGAGUCAAAGACUCUUGUUUCUAUUAGCCUAACUUGAAAAAACGAGUAAAAUCAUAAAAUCAGUUAUCAGCUUUUAGUUUUGCUCCUCCCUUGUAGGACAAAAGCCACCCUGGUUGGCCUUGGUUCCAGGCCCUUUAUUGCCUUUAUUUCUGUUGUUACCUGGAGCCACAGUGUAUCUCUGCACCUCUUGGUGUCGCUUCAUUUAUCGUUGCAUUCAUCACUUUCAUUUAUGCUGUUCGACAAUAACGUGACAAUGUUUCUUGGCUCCUCUUGGUAUUGCCUAAUUCAUUCAUGAUUUCUUUUUGCAUUUGACAGUAAAUGCUUCAUUCAUGCAUUCAUCAUUCAUUUUAACGUGGUGUUCCAAGGUGGACAAUAAAUUUAGACUUUUUCUUGGCUCCUGUUGGUAUCACUUCGUUAGUGUGCUUGCUAUUGUACCAGCAGGGCACACUAUUGUUAUUCGUAUGCUUACUGCCAGCAAGGCAUCCCUUGCUGAGGAGCAUCCUCACAACUGGUCUUACAACUGGUUCCUUGAAUCUCUUUAGUUGGACUUUGGGGAACUUCCCUGUCUCCUGUCUUUCAUUUACAUGAGACACAUGCGCCAAAUGCAAUGGGGAGAAAUACCACAGGAGGUUUUUACAAUUUCUAGAUUUGAUUCUUGUGUAAAUGAUUAUUGUUUUACACUAUUUAAUAAACAAUUACGUUUCAAGUUGUUAAAGUCAGAUUACCACUUGUCUUAUUAGAUGUACUAUGUUAGCACACCCAUCUGUAGAAUUUAUUGUGUUUUCACAGUUAAAAAUUCACAACUUUGGAUUUGAUUGGCUUUAAAAUGUAGUUAUCCAUGAGCUAAGUCAUAUUGUAAGUUGUAUUAAAUUGUCAGAUAUUAUGUUAUUUAUAACAAUUAUUAAUCAUUUUCCGUAACUACCGAAACAUCUGUAAAUCGAAAUAGCCUGGAAGACUAUACCACAAGAUGGCGCCCUCCAACUAUGGUUUGACAUAAUUUCAUAAAAGCCAACGCAUGCUUUCCUUUGCCCUACAGACUGUCCCUUGGGUGUAUGAAGCCUGGUCGUUUCAUAAAUAAAUACAAAUAUAAAAAUAGUUAAAUUCUAA